UCAGUUAGGUUUUUAUCUAGCAAAGGGCGUUGUGUGUUCGGUGUUGUAAUUUUUACAAAUUUUUACGCGAAUUUGAGUAUUUUAUUUUUUCGAAUGUGAAUUUCGUCGUUUUUUUUUUGGUUGUUUAUUUCUAAAAAUUAAUUGCUGUAGUGACGAUUAACAUUUUUUUUUCGUGAUGAAGAACGGAUUUUUGUAUUGAAGUUUUAACUGAAAAAAAUUGGAAGAAAAAUUAUUGGUGUUGUGAAUUUAUUGAAUAUUGUUGUUACCGGUGUACUGAAUUGGAGUCAAGAUGUUGUGGAUAUAUUUACUCGUGGUUAUUCAGCUUCCAUGGAGUCGAGCUGCUUAUUCUAAAGAUUUAUUGAUAAAAGACGUCGACAAUGGGGUCACACCCCAGCCAAAAUUCACAUCAAGAGGACAAACAUUUAGGGUAGUAUUGGGGGAUACGCUGGUGCUACCAUGCGAAGUACAAGAUCUGGGUACGUUCGUGAUAUUAUGGCGCAGAGGCAGUACCGUCAUUACAGCCGCCACUCUAAUGAUAAUAAGAGAUUCGAGAUUCCGAUUGGUGGACGGAUUUAAUCUGGAAAUAAGCAACGUUAUGCCGCAGGACGCCGGCGAUUACGUGUGCCAGAUCAGCGACGAUGAUAAUAGAGAUCUUAUCCAUACUGUAGAAAUUUUAGUUCCUCCGAGUAUCAGAACGUCUCCGUCGAAUGGCCAGUUGACCGCUAGAAAAGGAGGAUCGAUCACAUUGGAAUGUAAAGCCUCCGGUAAUCCAGUUCCAAGCAUAUUUUGGUCGAGAAAAGAUAAUCCGUUACCGAGCGGUGAAAAAGCUUUUGAAGGGUUCUCCAUUACUUUAGACAAAGUGGAUAGGCAUCAGGCUGGAGUCUACCAGUGUACCGCAUCGAACGGAGUAGGAGAUCCGGUCACAGUUGAUAUGCAAUUGGAUGUACUAUAUCCUCCAGAAAUUCACGUAGAAAGAAGCAUAGUGUAUACUGGAGAAGGACACAGAGCUCAGCUAGUCUGCAUUAUACAUGGCGAGCCUCCUCCAAAGCAGAUUACUUGGUAUCAAGACAGUUUCCUCAUUGACUCGACUGAUCGAAGAAUCCAAGAAGUACGAGGCAAUAAGCACCUGCUAACUAUACUGCAAGUACAGACGUCAGAUUUUGGAAAUUACAGUUGUCAAGCAGAAAAUAAUCAAGGAAAGUCGAGAAGCUACAUAGAACUGUCAGGCCGUCCAACACCGGCAAAAUUCCGUAGUCCAACAUCUAGUCGUUCAAAAGAUUCAUAUAAUUUGACAUGGACCAUUGACAGUUAUGCACGUCUUGAAGAAAUCAGACUUUUAUACCGGAAAUUAACGAUGAAUGAAACACAUCAAAUACCAUUAGGACAAUGGCACGAUGUAAUAAUUAGUCCACCUCCACACAGAGAAGCCAUCCACGAGCAUCAAAUGAGUCAUGUAAUCAGGGGCUUGGAGCCCGCUUCGGUAUAUGAAGUUAUAAUUCAAGCCAAAAAUAAAUUUGGUUGGAAUGAAGUCUCAGAUUUGUACCAGUUUCGUACUCACAGCAUCAACGACUAUGAAGUCAGUGAACCAGAUAUGAGAGAUUUGGAAUUAACGGCAAAUUCGUCUGGAGAAACGCCCCUAUUGGCCUUCCAUCUACUUAUCUCGACUGUCUUUAUUAUUUUUAAGCAUUUUUGUGUGGAUUUCAUCCAUUAAACGACUCGUAUCCCGAAAGGAAAAAUAACUUUUGGCAAAAUGCGAAAAAAAAUCGUACUAGUCAUUUAAAAGAAAAAAAAAUUAAAAAUUUUGCGAAAAUUACUCGCAAAAGUAAAUUAUUCCUACGUAGUUGGUAACGGCGUCGUUCUUUUUAAUUUUACGCGUGUGUUAUUUACUUAUUACCUAGAUAUAAUUUUUAUAAAUCACACCAUUAUUGUUUAAAGUAAAAAUUUUAUUUACGUGUAUAUUUGUUUAAAAUUAAAAUCGAUAGUUUUAUUCAUUUUUUUUCUCUUCUAAUCUAAGACGAGUUAAUUUUUAUGUGCCUACCUCUACUUUUUUAUUCUGUGUCCCCCUGCCACUCUUUAUUAUCUUACCACUUGUGGUGAAUAUUUUGUCAAAAAAUUCUUUUAUAAGCUUUAUUUUUUAAUGUUUUAGUUCCUGUUUGUAUUAUUUUUUUUUCUUUCUUUAAUAUGUAUAAAGAAAAUGAGAAUAUUAUGGUGCAUUUCUCUACGCUACAUUUUAUGUGCUGUACAUAUAUUAUACUUAAUUUCUUAAUUGAUUUAUGUGUUGAUUUUGAUUUUUUUUUUUGAAUUGAAGGUUAUGUAAUUGACGAGAUCGUGAUUGCCAUGAUGUAAUUUGAGAUAAGGUCUGGGUCACACCAUGCCAAGUAGAUUGGUCGAUUGUGAUUAUUAUUACGAUUUUGUCAACAUGAAACUGAUCGCGUUAAGCAAUACGUCAAAUUUUAGUUACUAAAUGUAAAUUUUCUUGUGUAAAAUACCGCGUAAUUCUCAGUUGUAUUUUGUAAUAUUUGUGAAUAUAAUUAUAUUUCUGUUUUAUUA